AUGGCUAUCGCGCAGCCCAAUCUCUUCAGCUUCCCCAGCACAGAUGCUCUGGCCCAGCAAUUGAGGCCCUAUAUCCUGCGGGCCCAGAAUGCCGCCCUGGCCCGCCACGACACAUUCCGUGUCGCCGUCUCUGGUGGCUCCCUUCCCACCUUCGCCAAGUGGCACAUUUUCUUCGCCGACGAGCGAGCCGUGCCGCUCGAUCACGACGACAGCAACUACAAGCUGCUUAAGGCCGAGUUGCUCACCAAGAUCCCCGCGGAGCUGGGUGCUCCGACCGUCUAUCCCAUUGAUGCCGACCAUGUCAACGACGAUGACCCCCAGGAGCUGGCGGACUUGUACCAAGACGAUCUGAUGCGUGUCUUUGCCGCCAAGGACAGCGUCAAGCUGCCCAUUUUUGACCUCAUCCUCCUGGGCUGUGGCCCCGACGGCCACACUUGCAGCCUGUUCCCCGGCCAUGAGCUCCUGCGCGAGAAAGAUGCCUGGGUUGCGGCCGAGACCAAUUCGCCCAAGCCCCCGCCCAAGCGUAUCACACUCACUCUGCCCGUCGUCACCUCUGCCUACAACAUCGCCUUCGUGGCGACCGGCGCUGGCAAGAAGGAUAUCAUGAAGGCCAUCUUCGACACCGAGGAAGGCCGCAGCCUUCCAUCUGCCUUGGUGAACCAGGCUGCUGGUGAGAAGGUCAGCUGGUUCACCGAUCACCCGGCUAUCGACGGUGUCGCUUUCCCCCGUCGUGGCAGCUUGUGA